ACUUCAAAUUUUGUGCAAGACAAAACCUAAUUUGUGAGUCUUCAAUGCGAGAGUACUAAAAGAAAAGCUGGGCAAAAAAAGAAGUCACCCAGAUAUGGAGGAUUCUUGGUUGCUUCAAUACUCAAAGAAUGCAGAUUCAUCAUGGUUUGGAUCGGAGGAGGCGUUUUCCAGUAGCUGUGAGUGGGAUGAGCUUCUUCUCAACUUCAAUAUCUCCCAAGAAACGGCUUGGAUGGACUUAUUGGGUGAUGAUGAAGAAGAAGAAGAAGAAGAAAGGGGUAAAGUAUCGUCAGAGUGUAGCAACAACUCCAUCGAUGGUGUAAAGGAGGAAGAGAUUUGCGCAGAAGAACCCAAGGAAGUGAAGAGUUACAGAGGGGUGAGGAAACGGCCAUGGGGCAAAUUUGCUGCUGAGAUUAGGGAUUCAACCAGACGCGGUGCCAGGGUUUGGCUUGGUACAUUCGACAGCGCUGAAGCAGCUGCUUUAGCUUACGACCAAGCCGCAUUUUCAAUGAGAGGGCCAUUGGCUACUCUCAAUUUCCCCAUUGAAGCUGUCAAGGCAUCGCUUAAGGAACUCAAGGGUCCAUGUGAUGAAGACAAGGGUUGGUCCCCUGUGGUGGAUCUCAAGAACCGGUAUUCAUUGAGGAAAAGAUCCAAGAACAAGAAAAUCAAGCCAAACGACGCCGCAUUAAGGCAACAGCAAAACUUAUUGGUCUUUGAAGAUUUGGGAGCUGAUUACUUAGAACAACUGUUAACAAGUUCAUGUGAUUGAAAGUACAGCUCCUUUGUUGUUUUGGGUACUUUAAUCCCAUUUCAUAUCUUCUUUUCUCUUGUCAAUUUCAUUGCUUUGGUGGGGGUGAUUGAUUUAAGCACACUCUUCAAUCUUCUUCCUUAUUUCAUCAUCUCAUCUCAUGUAAAGUUGAAACAAC